AUGGAUGCGGAGGGGGCGCUGAACACCUGGCGGGGGGGCGACGCGGGGGCCAUCGAGAGGGUCCUGCGGGAGUACAGCGAAGAGCACAGAGCUACUUUCAAGUUUGACCCUGCUGACGAAGAGAAGAGAAAGAAACUAUGUGAAGGGAUAUUUAAGGUCCUGGAGAAAGACAUCACGACAUCAUGCCAAGUCACCUGUCUGGAAGCCCUCCGCAUCCUUUCCCGGGACAAAAAGGUUCUCGUUCCCGUCACCACCAAGGAGAACAUGCAGAUUCUGAUGAGGCUCGCCAAACUGGACGACUCCGAGGCUUCUCUGGAGGAGGCGGCAGACUUCCCGGUCAUCGUGGAAUCGCUGAAAUGCCUGUGCAACAUAGUGUUCAACAGCCAGAUGGCCCAGAAGCUCAGCCUGGAGCUCAACCUGGCCGCCAUGCUGUGUAACUUGCUGCGGAAGUGCAAGGAUCAGCAGGUCAUCAGCGACAUUAAGUGCUUCGACCUACGCCUGCUCUUCCUUCUGUCCCUCCUGCACGCCGACAUCAGGACCCAGCUCCGGUACGAGCUGCAGGGGCUGCCCCUGCUCACCCAGGCCCUGGAGAGCGCCUUCAGCAUCAAGUGGACUGAUGAGUACGAGGCGGCCAUCGACCACAACGGGCCGCCCCUGUCCCCGCAAGAGACGGAUUGUGCCAUCGAGGCCCUCAAGGCCCUCUUCAACGUCACAGUCGACAGCUGGAACGUCCACAGUGAGAGUGACUCUCACCAGUUCCGUGUCAUGGCCGCGGUCCUGCGCCACUGCUUACUCACCAUGGGCCCAACUGAAGACAAAACAGAAGAGCUUCACAGCAAUGCAGUCAACCUUUUAAGCAACGUUCCAGUCUCAUGCUUGGAUGUCCUCAUUAGCCCAUUAGCCCAGGACGAAAUCGCCCAGGAGGCAACAACUCUAGAUGAAUCGACCCAAGAAACAGAAACAGGCCAAGAUGAAACAAGGGAAGAAGAAGCCAAUCUGAAGUACAAUACCAUGGUGUACAAUGGCAUGAACAUGGAGGCCAUUCGUGUUCUCCUUGACUUUAUGGAAAAGAGAAUAGACAAGGGAAGCUGCUACCGGGAGGGCCUGACUCCAGUGCUCAGUUUGUUGACUGAAUGCUCCCGCGCUCACCGAAACAUCCGGAAAUUCAUUAAAGACCAGGUCCUGCCUCCUCUGAGAGAUGUAACCAACCGCCCCGAAGUCGGCACCACCGUGCGGAACAAGCUGGUGCGCCUCAUGACACACGUUGACCUCGGGGUCAAGCAGAUCGCAGCCGAAUUCCUGUUUGUCCUUUGCAAAGAGAGAGUGGACAGCCUGCUGAAGUACACCGGUUACGGCAAUGCUGCGGGACUGUUGGCGGCGAGGGGCCUCUUGGCGGGAGGAAGAGGAGAUCAUUGGUACUCGGAUGAUGAAGACACGGACACAGAAGAGUACAAGUCUGCAAAGCCCAACAUUAAUCUUAUCACUGGUCAUUUAGAGGAACCCAUGCCAAACCCCAUAGAUGAAAUGACAGAAGAGCAAAAGGAAUACGAGGCCAUGAAACUUGUCAACAUGCUUGAUAAACUUUCCAGAGAGGAGGUGAUUAAACCAAUGGGGGUGAGGCCGGAUGGGACAAUGGCUCCUUUGGAGGAGACCCUCUGCCAGUACCACGCCACCGCCACCGCCACCGAGGAGAACGGCUCUGACUCCGACUGAAAGAAUCACCUGCUCCACUCUCAACAUCGCUUUCAUCAGCAUCUGUCUCUGUAGCCCCAGGGGGAGUCUUUUCUCUCUGACAUCUAGGCCCUUGCUUUGGCUGGAAGCGCAUCAACUGGUUUACUUCUUCAACGUCCGGAACACUGAAAGGGGUGAUUCUGUGGGGUUUGCAAUAUUGAAACUGAGGCAUUGGUACGGAAUAUCAAUGGGGUGCAGUUCACCCAAGGGCUGGGGGGAGGGGUGAGGGGAAGUGGGGUUGAUGUUUCACCAGGAUGGGACUGAUGGGCCACCUCAGAACACUGGGGCUGCCAGUGCCCCUAGUCAGAAAGGAUGGCGGCAUCCAUCCGCUCAGUUGGACCAGUGCCCCCUUCCAUGCUCCUCCGAAAGAUGGCACCGUGUUCCGUGUGUUAGAUCGUGCCUGAUGAGGUAAAGCCAGAGCAGCUGCUUCCUGACCCCAGUAUCAUCUCACCACUUAUCACGUCUCAACUAUAUUUAAAUUUAUCAUAUGAAUAUAUAUGUAUACACACACAUGCACGCAAUUGCACAGAGGCCGCCCCCAGCCUGCAUUCUUCUUGAAGCCCAUUGUCUGUAACUCAGAAUGCAAUUUCCCAUAGACGGGUCAUUAUGCAUGGUGGUUAGGUUCCUAGAUCAGCCUAAAAAAAAAAAACCAACCCUAUUUAAUUCCCCAGCUCUAUUUAACCUACAGCGUCCCUGAUGUAUUGUACAUAAUAAUAGAAUAGUUUCUAGCUGAUAUUGCCCCUAUGGGGAAUGUGCAUUCUGAGUUCCGAAUCAGACGGCCUCAGAUACUGGUCCAUCACCCCGGCAGUGGCUGCAGGGCUAGGGUCUCCAGCAAUGACAGCUGCUUGGGGGUGGGGGGCAUAGGGGAGACCAACUUUGGUGGCUGAGAAAGCCAAGGGCUUAGGCCCAAGUGGUGUCUUUGUCCGUUGGGGGCCGCCUUUCUGUGUGUCUAUGUGUCUCUAGAGAUCUGUUCAUUACCGUACAUAAUCAGGUUGUUAAUGGUAACUUUAUACAUUUAAAAAAACAAAAACAAAAAGUAAGACCACACAAUUGUUGGUUACUGCUCAUUUUAUUAGGGAUGUUCAUUUUUAUUUUUAGAGCGUGUCAGGAUUUUAGGACCGAAGGGUAGAAAAAUGAAUCAUGUCAUAGAAAGGGGGACCUACUAGAGUCAAAAGGAGUUUGGUUUCCUUUUUAUACAUAUAUAGAUAAUGUGCUUAACCACUGCCUUUUAAAACUUUAAAUUAAAUAAAAUAUUGGGGUUGAUUCAGCUUGGCCACUGGUGUGUUUCUUUAUGGGUAGGCAGAGUAAAUGCUAGUGACGUACACUCCCAAGUUCUUAAAUUUGAAAGGGACGUCAGGGGCAUGGAGUCCAAUCCCCUGCCUCUACACGAAUCCCAUCUACGGCAUCCUGACAGAGGAUCUUGUAGUCCCAGCCUGAACCCCUCCAAUGACAAAGACCUCCAACUUUAUAGGGUAAUGUGCUCUGUUCUCAGAAUGUUGUCAUUGUUAGGAAGUGAAGUCAGGAGUGUGCGUUAACAUGACCCCAGGUUGCAUCUUACCCUUUUUCUGUAGAAAAAGUGACAGUCACUCUUACUCUACAGUGGUCCCCCAUUUUCCCCCUUGCUGAACAGCUCCCCCUUCCUAAGCCUGAUAUUGGCCUCUAGGGGCAUUUACAACUUAAAUUAGCUACUACCCAGAGCAGUUGUGCAGGUACCAAUGGGAAAAUUCUGCCACCACCCCCUAAAUCACAUCGUGACAGCAAUAGACCCCUUUUCCAGAGUGAGCUCUGCAUUUGGGUGCAGUGACCAGUAAGUGUCAGCUUCAUUUUUCCUUUUCAUUUGGGGUGGGACAGAAUGGAUGGAUCAUGGUCUGGACCUCAGGCCUCCUUACAUUAUCUUUUCCUCCCAAACCACCCCUCUUCCAGAUUUCCCCGUUUACACCCAGGGCUUCUAGCCACCAGCCUCCUACUGGUCACCCACAUUCACUUCAGAUCUUUCCCCUUCCCCACCUCACAUAUCCAGUCAGCUGCCAGACUUUGUCAUUUUUACCUUCUGAUCAGACUCUGAUCACCCAUCUCCUGGACUAUUACAAUGGUCUUCUAACUCAUCUCCCAGCUUCUAAUUCCUCUCCAUUCCAAGCCACAAAAGGAUUUCCCUCAAAUGCAGUUAUUCCCCCAUGACCAUGUCAUUCCCAUCCUCAAUAAACUCCAAGGUCUCUACUGUUCCCAGGAUUAAAUAGUUCAUUUUGAUCUCACCUCUUUUUAAUUUCACUUUUUGUGCAAUUUUUGUAGUUACACAAUUAUUAGUACAGUAGUAACAGAUAUAAUUUACCAAUGGGCAAAUGUAUACAUAUUGGGGAAUGCAGCCUCAGAAAUAUUUUACUGAUAAGGAUCAUCAGUAAAAUGAAAUGAUCAAAAAUGUUUAGAGACCAUAGGCUUAUAUCAAAGUGAAAUUGACCUCCUUCCUACUCUGCCUGUGGGUUCCAGGUCAGAUGCAGUAUCAACCUAAUGCUAUUCCAGCGCUUCAGAUAUUUGAAGAAAGCCAUUGUGUCCCCGCCGGGAGUAUUCUCUUUUUCAGGUUAAAUCUCCUCAGUUCGUUUACCCAUUCCUCAUAUGGCAUGCUGUCAAGACCCAUCCCCAUCAGAGUGACUCUUCUCUGUGGGAGCUCUAACCUGUAAACAUCCUUGUAGCCCACAGGACUCCACACAGGCGUGGUCUGACCUGGGCAAGACAGAAUGGAGCUGUUCCUUUGUUCUGAAGGCUGCCAUUUUCUGUGAAUGCAGCCCUCCUCCUAUUUGAGGGGAGAAGAGGGAAGGGCAGGAAGCAGCCCUAUAAUUCACUUGUAUUGAGUUAGCAGCUAAAAUCUUGAAUUUUACCCACAUCUCCAAGCUGGACUUCUGCAGUUAAUUUUUUUAAACAUGUAACAUCCCUAAUAAAAUAAGCAUUUAACUACCUAGUAGGCAGUAUACUCGGUGCUAGAGAUACAGAGACAGAAGUGAAAUGGUUCCUGCCCCCAAGGAUCUUAGGGGCAAAAGACAUAUUAAGGUAUUAGUAAAUACAAGAUAGAUGCAAAAUAGAUUAAAAAAUGAUGGGGAGAUGAUGUGGGUGGGAUUCAUGUGAAGGGGAAUCAGGAAAGGUCUGCGGGAGCAGGCAAUACUUGAACUAAGGUUUGAAUGGAGCCAAGAGUUUCAAGAGGCAGAGAGAAAGCAGGAUUCUAUUUAUUUAUCCCUACAAAAUUUCAGCUGGUUAGUUCCUGCCCACUGAGAUACCUUUCUAGAUUCUAACUGUCAUCUGGUGCCCUGGCUGUCCCUCCCAGUUAUGUGUCAUCCUUCAGUUUGCUGAAUAAAAAGUCUAUGCCUUUA